UUUCACAAAUCAAAUUAGCAUUCUGAACCCCGGGACACAUGAUCAAUAGUCUUACAAUGAGGCUCAAAUUUAUUUGUAGUGCUUUGUAUCCUCCUCUUCACUCCGGGAGAACUCCUCCGAAACCUGUCUGGUGCCCUUUCUUACUCUGUGGCACCAGUGGUUGCAGCUCCCAGGACAUCUAAUUAGAGGGUUGCUAAGAGUUCACAAGGCUAGAAGGACAACAUACUCUGGUGGCGCUCAUGGGUGCAGCUCCCAGCCGCCACCAGCAGAUGGAGCCGUCUCUCGGACCUGCCGGCUCAUUGGCCUAAUCCUCUUAAGAUGCCCUCUCCAGAGCCAUCUGGACGGCUCCUGCUCAGACCAGCUACUCUCUCUUUCUCUGCCUGGGCCGCUAUGUACAAGCUGUGUCCCGGCGCCGACGAGGAGAGCAGCGGGAACGACCGCUCCUCUCUCCACUCCUCCUCCUUCUGGUCCGACGGAGAGGAGGAGCUAGAGGUCGUGGAGCGGGCGGGUCGUGGGGAAGGCUCGGCAGCGGCACCAGGCUCUGUGAGCGCUCCAUUGAACCCGGCGGUGACAUCAGCCGACCCUCCACCCGCCGGCCAAUUGGAGAGCAGGGGCCACACCGGAGACUGUUCACAUGGGAGCGUGGGUGAAGAGGAUGGUGACGAUGAAGAUGGCAGUGACGAUGAAGAUAGUGUUUCUGAUGAAAUUGAUGUGGAAGGUUAUGAAGAUGGCAGUGAUGAUGAAGGUAGUGGUAGUGAUGAAGAAGAUGCCGGUGGGGAUAAAGAUGUUGGCAGUGAUGAUGAAGACAGUGGAGCCGAUGAUGAUGAUGGCAGUGUUGACGAUGACUGUGGUGGCGGGGACGAUGAGGAGAAUGGCCUUGACGGUGAUGAAGCUGACGGUGGCGGUGUGAGUGACAGUGUUGUUGAGGAUGAAGAUGACGGUGACAAAGGGCUGGCUGGUGAGAACCGCGGCAGCCCCGCCCCGAGUCACCUGACAUCCGGGUACGGGACGUACAGACCGGACUCGGUCGGUAAGGACACGGAGGCCGGCACCAUCGCGGAGUUCGACGGGGAAACCCUGGCAGGAGACGAGAGCGACGAGGAAGACCUCUACCGCUUCUACUGCGGGGACCCCUCCCCCCCACCCCACCUCCAGCCCACCCGGCCAAUGCCACGCUCACCCGACCCAAGUGAGGCCCUGUCCGGGAUGGGGCAUCGCAGCCAACCUGGCCUCGAAGAAGAGGAGUGGAGAGGAGAAGAAGACAGGAAGUGUCCAGCGCCAGACGGGAAGUAUUCAGCCGAUCAACGCGAGGAUCCUCCUCCCCCGCAGGCUGGCGUCGGUGAACAGUGCCCCUGGAGGUCAGAGGGAGACGAGUGCCGCAGUGGGUCUGCGCUAGCGGAGCGCUGGACAGACAGACGGGACCAGCAGACGGAGCAGGAGCCGGAGCCGGAGCCGGAGCCGGAGCUAGGGGCGUUCAGUAGCAACACGGAGAUCCGCUUCAUCGACUCCCACCCGGAGCCUGGCUGUGCUGGAGCCUUGUGGGAUAGCCUGGGACCCAGAGACCCGGAUGUCAGCAGCCUAGAGGAGAGGCUCGGAGGUCUGCGGGUGGCUACCGCAUCGGCCCAUCGCCAUGGCGGUGACGGCGACGAGGAGACGGAGAACGAGGACGUCACCGGCCAGAGCGAUGACGUCACGAGCCAGAGCGACGGGCGCAGCUCGUCCGGCCUCUCGCUCACCGCCUUCGAGUCGUUUGUCAGAGACAUGGUCCGAAUGCAGACAGAGAGGGCGCUGAAACCCAGACCCAAGUCUUUCAUCCGCCCGGUGCUGGGACACCCUCACACCAGGAACCUGAAGAAGAUGGACCCUUUGACCAGGUAUCUUCAGUACAAACAGGAGUGGGACAUGUUCAAGGUUCCAGGGGAGAAGGACCGGAAAGCGCUGCGCUGGGAGAUCAGGGAGCAGCUGGCCUACCAAGCUCCACCAGCGCGGCCACGGCGGGCCUACGUACCCAACUCCUACGUCGUCCCCACGGACAAAAAACGCUCGGCUCUGCGCUGGGAGGUCAGGAACGACCUCGCCAACGGACUGCUUCCGCCCAAACAAAACUACCGCUUUUAAAAACACACCCACCUUUUAUACUGUUUUUAUAAGCACAUGGUUUAUUUAUUCACAAAUGUAUUAAAGACAUGACUGACA